UACACCUUUCUAUUGGAUGAAAAUCAGCUCUACACAAUGUUGGCGCUCCUCCGGCCAGCUCUGUGGCUGGGAAGCUGCCUUCGUGGCUACCACAUGCCUGCCGCCUCUGUGCAGCAGCGGGGCGACACGUCCUUGGUUCUGGUGGACGAGGCCCGCCGCUUCAUCCAGGACUGCCUGCUGCGGGUUGGAGUUUCCCCCUCCAAAGUGCGCGGCAUCAGCGAGUUCCUGGUUGUAGCGGACUAUCGAGGGAACUACGGAAGCGGGCUGAAUCGCCUGGAUUACUAUCUUAGUGAUCUGCAGAGUGGACAUGCCAAGGUGGGCGCCGAGCCUUCAAUAAUCAGCGAAACGGUGUCCACCGCCCAUGUAAAUGGCAAUUCCGCCUUGGGUGUGUUUGUGGGAAACUUUUGUAUGGAUUUGGCGGUGAAGAAAGCUGAAGACUCUGGCAUCGGUUUCGUGGUGGCCCAGCAAUCUCACGACAUUGGCAUGGCCAGCUGGUUUACAUUUCGCGCUGCCGGCAAGGGAUUAGCCGGAAUCGUGAUGUCCAAUUCGGCUCCAAUGAUGAUGGGUCCCAACUCAAAGUCCGCCAGCAUUGGCUCCAACUGCUUUGCCUUCUCCGUAAAGGGUGAUCAGUACCAUUUUGUUCUAGACAUGGCGACCAGCGUGAAGGACAUUGGAGACGUGGAAUGGGCUUGGGCCAACGAUGAGUAUAUACCGCAUGGCUGGGCGGCCAACGAGGGAGGCUUAUCCACCUGUUUUCCCAGCUUGGCCCUAAGGACACCAUUACUAUUUCCUGCUGGAGGUCACAAAGGCUACUGCCUGUCAGCCGUGAUAGAUGUUCUAUGUGGAGUGCUCUCUGGUGCCCAAUAUGCCACUCAUAUAACCAUGGACCAGGACCAACCAUCGAACUUGGGUCAAGUAUUUAUUGCUCUCGAUCCAGAAUUUUUCUUGCCCAACUUUAUGGAACGUUUCGAUGACUUUUGUGGUCGCAUCCAGAAUAGCCAGCCGGCGGACGAUUCAGAGCCCAUCCGGCUACCUGGCGAACUGGAGAGGAUACACAUGAACUACGUGGACGAUUUGCGGGCUUUACCCUAUCCCAAUAGUCUUUUGACCAAGUACAAAGAAGUGGCGGAAAGGCUGUGCGUAAAACCCAUCGAGCUGGCUUUCGAUAGGUGUCAGUCCAGGAAGAGCUUUUAGUCUCAUACUAUAGAUACUAUAAAUGUAGUUCACAAAAAAUAUUAUAGUUAACAGAUAAA